GAUCGAGAGAGAGGGGGUGGUUUAAUAAGGCAAGCCCAAAUUGUGGAGGCCGUAACACCUCCUCAAUCCAUUAAAAAAAUUAUCGAUUUCUGCAAAAUAAGAUUUGGGUCUUUUGAAUUCACGAGGAAAUAGCAUAUUGUUACAUAAUUCUUAGCAAAUUCAAAUUAUUUAUAUAAAUAGAAAGGAAAACAAAAAAAAAGGGGGAGAAAAAUGAGUGGUGUGGUUGGCCCGACGGCGGCAGCGAGACGCAACAGUGUGGCCCAGAAGCGCACCUCCUCCUCCGUGAAGAGGGGGCCUUCGUCGGAGAACGGCUCCGCCGCUAAUGGGACCAACGCUAAGCCCUCUUCCCCACCUCACUUGUCUACUGCUGGCGAGAGAACAGUGAAGAAGCUUCGGUUAUCCAAGGCACUAACAAUUCCCGAGGGGACCACUGUAUCAGAUGCCUGUAGAAGGAUGUUGGCCAGGCGUGUUGACGCUGUUCUGCUGACUGAUGCAAAUGCUUUGCUUUCAGGAAUUGUCACUGAUAAGGACAUAGCGACCAGGGUUAUAGCUGAGGAGUUGAGACCCGAGCAGACAUUGAUUUCAAAAAUUAUGACAAGAAACCCAACUUUUGUGAGCUCAGAUUCUCUGGCUAUUGAUGCUUUGCAGAAGAUGGUCCAAGGGAAAUUUAGGCAUCUUCCGGUUGUUGAGAAUGGUGAAGUUAUAGCAAUUUUGGAUAUCACUAAAUGCCUUUAUGAUGCCAUAUCAAGAAUGGAGAAAGCUGCAGAGCAGGGAAGUGCUAUUGCAGCUGCAGUUGAAGGCGUUGAACGCCAAUUUGGAAACAAUUUCUCUGCAUCAUCAGCUCUCAUAGAAACACUUCGCGAACGCAUGUUCAAACCUUCUCUGUCUACUAUAAUUUCUCAGACUUCUAGAGUUGCAACUGCAUCACCUUCAGACCCAGUUUAUGUUGCUGCUAAAAGAAUGCGGGAAUCACGGGUCAAUUCAGUUCUUGUUAUGACAGGAAACAGUAUUCAGGGGAUACUCACUUCAAAAGAUAUUCUUAUGCGAGUCGUCGCCCAAAACCUCUCUCCUGAGCUUACUCUAGUGGAGAAGGUAAUGACACCCGACCCUGAAUGUACAACAGUAGAUACAACUAUUCUUGAAGCACUGCACAUAAUGCGUGAUGGGAAAUUCUUACAUCUUCCCGUUGUUGACAAAGAGGGAAGUGUUGCAGCUUGUGUGGAUGUUUUGCAGAUAACUCAUGCAGCAAUUUCUAUGCUUGAAAAUAGCUCUGGAACAGUUAACGAUACUGCAAAUUCGGUUAUGCAAAAUUUUUGGGAUUCAGCACUUAACUUGGACCCCGCUGAUGACUGUGACACUCAGAGUGAGAUGUCAAUGUCCCAGUAUGUCCCAUCAGAUGCUGCAGAACAUUCGAAGCCUUCCUACCCAGUUGGAAAUUCAUUUUCUUUUAAACUCAAGGACCAUAAAGACCGUGUGCACAGGUUUAAUUUGGGCACAGAAAGUUUAGCUGAACUUGUUACCUCUGUUAUGCAACGGGUGGGUGUAUCUGAUGAUCAAAAGCGCCCUCAACUUUUGGUGGGUACCUUUCAUAGUAGAAUGCUUUUCCUGUAUUUUUAUGAUGGAGAUUUGAUUGGUGCUGUUGCCCACGCAAAAUCUGUGGGACAGAAGGUUUUGAGAAUCCAUUUGGAAUACUAUGAUUCGAGUCAAGAAACAAGGGAGCUGUCAUCUGCCACAGUGACUACCAAAGAGCGCAGAUCAAGCUCCCUCGGGUUAGGGAUAUUUGCGGGAGCAGUAGCUGUGACCAGCAUCGGUGUACUGGUGUACUUGAAGCGCUCCAAAGCAUGAUCGAUGCUCGAAUGGAUUAUGUAGUGUUUAUAAUAAAGUGAUAGGCAAAUUUAAAGAAACAAGCAAGCCUGUUGAAGGAAAAGUCGCUCAUUUUGUAGGCACUAGGAGAAAAAUGCAGCAAUGCAAGGCCGCAUAAAAGCUGGCAAAAGUUUAAUUAUUUUGUGUGAUACACAUAUGUAAAUGGAAUUGCAACUCCAGAAAAAGAAAAAUGCUACGUACAUUUCAGUGGCUAUAUGAACUACAUUUUGGUUGACUGGAUGAAGGAAAAGAACGUCCCAAGGUCAACAUUAGUUUGAUCCA